AUGCUGGCCUCUUUGGGCCUAGGGUUUUUUCCUUCUGACAUGGAGAGGUGUCUUCGGUUCUACAUCGACGCUCUGGGAUUUCAGAUGCGGGAACGCAAGGACAAUUAUGCUUUCUUCGGGGAGAGGAUCUUUCUUGCAGCUAUCAAAAUCGAGAGUGAUGAAACGUUGAAGGAGAAGGAACAUACCGGAGGCCAACCAAGGCCUUGGAACUUGUAA